AUGGAAGCUAGGAUCCGAGCAGAGAUCUGUAAAGCCAGAAUAGACAUGAUGAUUUGUGAAAACAGAUGUUUGAGAUCUGGAGACUAUGAUGAGGUGUUGAUGAAAAACAGCUUUACUUAUUAUUAUGAGCGAGGUUUGAGGACAGUGUUGGAAGGAUCAGCAACACAAAUCUCAGAGUUGCUGAUCAUAGCGACUAGACAUGCAGCUCAGAGUCUGGUGCUUAAGAUUUUAGGGAGAGUGGAUCGGAUAAGGCAGCCGCAGGGGCGGAGCCAAGGGCCUUUGCCUGGCUUGGCCACUAGCUCUACCUUCCCUGUUCUCACCUCCCUUUCCGCUAUAGCUCCCAAAGGCAGCUCCAAACAGUCAUCCGAGGAGGACCUGCUCCUGCAGGAUUUCAGUGGCAACCUCUCUGCCAAGUCUUUUGCGAUCUUUUUCAGGAAUGCUUUCGUCGUGUCUGCUAUCCCCAUCUGGUUAUACUGGAGAAUAUGGCAUACGGAUCUUAUUCAGUCUGCUGUUUUCUAUAGUGUGAUGACCCUAGAAAGUACAUAUUUGGUAGCCUUUGCAUACAAGAAUGUGAAAUUUGUUCUCAAGCAUAAAGUAGCACAGCAGAGGGAGGAUGCAGUGAUUCGAAAACUUUCUCAAGCUGAUAAUAGAAAGAUGUCUUGGAAAGAGAAAGAUGAAGAAUCUUGUGGAAGAAAGAAUGAAGUUGCUGAUUCUGAAGCUACAACAUUUUCCAUCUUCUAUAACAACACUCUGUUCCUGGUCUUGGUCAUUGUUGCUUUGUUCAUGUUGAAGAAUUUCAACCCCACAAUGAACUACAUUUUGUCCCUAAGUGCUUCAUCAGGACUCAACGCCCUCCUGUCUACUGGCUCCAAGUAGACCAUGUCAGCUUUAUCCCCUGGCUUUGUGUCUAUGGGUGGCAUGUGGUAUAUGGAAAAGUAGCAGGGUGCUCAGGGUGGGAGACACACAAGAUGUUUUUGUAGUCUAGAGCCUUUAAAAAACCCAACAGAAUAUAAUUCAGUAUUUGUUUAUUGGCUGUUUUUGACAGAUUGUUGAAAUUAAAUGAAUUGAAAGGGGAAAAAAA